AUGCUAUUGGUUCUUUCAGUUUUAAUUGAAGUUGAACCAAUCACAACGGCCGUUACAAACAGCUUACGUGUCACAUGUCAACCAGGAAAUCACAAAACAGUGGUGGACGAAAAAUUGAUGAAACAACUUGAACCUUUGAAAGGAAAGAGCUACCCAGUAGAUGAUGGACAUGAAUUCUCCUAUACUAUAGGAAUAUGCAAGGAGGUUGACACGGUUGGCCAUCCUAAUGCUGGGGUCACACAAUACAGCAAAGAAAAGAAAAACAUUACAGUUGUAGGACUUAUAAGUGAAGCACAAAUAAAGGGCGGAACAAACUGGCUGAUGUUAGAAUAUAAAGGAGGAAGCCCUUAUCCUCAUAGCUGCAAUAGAGAAAAAAGACAAGCUACCUUAAUGUUUGUAUGUGACCCUACCAAAACAGAUCCCAACCAGCCAGGUUUAAGGAUUGUAGAAGAAAACAAGGACAAAACAAAAGACUGCUACUAUUUAUUUGAAAUUGGUACAAACGCAGUGUGUACUAAAUCACCGUUUGUGACUUUUGGUUUAAGUGCAGGCUCCAUAUUUUGUAUUAUAUGUUUCACAUUACUUGGUGUUUAUUUAAUUGGAGGAUUCUUGUAUCAGAGAUUUGUAAUUGGAGCUAAGGGAUUUGAACAAAUUCCAAACUAUGAAUUCUGGCAGGACUUUGGAAACCUUCAAUCUGAUGGUUGUAAUCUAAUAUGUCGCAGUGGAAGCCGUCAAAGUGCACGCUCAUAUAAAGGAAUAGGGGAUGAUCAGCUUGGAACAGUGGAGGAUGAGUUAGAUGAUAGAGAUGAUCAUCUGCUGCCCAUGUGAUAGAACCAUGACCUUCAGGGGUCAUAACCUUGACCUUCGCAACAUGGUCAUGACCUCAGAGAUUCAUGACAUUCCAUUCAUCAUCAGUUGUGAUGUCAUUUAGAUUUAGAAACAUUCAUACAAGUUAAAUGUCCAAAUGUGAUCAAUCAUUAAAUCCCACAGAAUGUUUAUAUCAGUUCAGAAUCAGAAUCAUGUAAAAUGCAAAUGUGAAUCCCUUAUGCUUUUGUUUAUGUUAAAGACAUCUCUUAUUUCAAGAUUGACCAUUUCA